GUGGGGCACUAGGCUCGCUGCAAGCGAUGAUAGACGAUUUCCUUAUUUUAAAACCUUCCAAAACCCUUUCAUUUCUCAACGGAUUUGCAGUUUCUGGUUUCCGUUGAUGGACUACCGAAUUAACAGAUGUUUGCAGGGAUUGGAAUAAUUCGACUACCAUUUUGGGAGUCCCGGGGAGAGGGGAGUCCGAGAGAAAAGUUUAUAUCACUGCGCGACAGGCACUAUAUGGAGAGAGGGGGUGAGCGUACAGUAUGGUUUCAUUUUCCAUACCAUCUAUGACUUAUGAAAGGAUUUAGGUAUCUUUAAAACAUAGAAAUUACAGAAUAUAAUUCUGAUAAAUGCCAUGUUUAGCGUUACGAUCAAAUGAACAUGUAUGGACACGCAUGAAAAGAGUUUUGCGUAAACCAGUAGAACCAGAUUGCGUGUGAGUUUCGACUGGAGUCGUAUACUACAGUCACUCCGAGGUAAACCAUUAAAUUCCCCAAAAGUUUCUUCACAACUUCAUCCUUGUUAUAUAAAAUACCUAUCUAACUAUGGCGGGGAUGAGCAAUGCCCACAUGAAGACCCUGGAGGACCUGACUCUAGACUCGGGCUACGGGGCAGGGGACUCCUGCAAGUCCCUGAGCCUCUCGUCCUCCAAGUCCAACUCACAGCCGUUCGUGACGGCUCCGCAUCGGGGCAACUGGUGGUACUACUCCGGCUCCAUGAACAGUCGCAACAACAGCUGGGACACGGUCAACACGGUGCUGCCCGAGGAUCCCGAGGACAUCUUCUCCAAGUGUCCCCGUUUACCGGAGCUCGAGGAGUUCCCUUGGACCGAAGACGAGGUGGGAAAGAUACUGCGUAAAGUAGCCGGGAACGUUACCAGUGCCAGUGCGUUUCCGGUGCCGACAUUAUCCAAUGAGGCAGUCCGGAGGCUGUCCACGCUCCUUCGCCGAGCCCUCAUCCGCAUUUCGAGGGAGGCUCAGCGGCUGAGCGUCAUGCACUGCCGUUGCACUCGCUUCGAGGUGCAGAGCGCCAUGAGGCUGGUGCUGAGCUGGGCUCUGGCCGAACAAUGCAUAUCGGCCACGGUCAAGGCCAUCUCCAUGUACAGUAUGAGCGCCGGGGAGCUCCUGAGGAAGGGCAAAUCUGCCCGUUGCGGCCUCUCCUUCUCCGUGGGAAGAUUCUUUCGAUGGAUGGUGGACACCCGCAUCUCGGUGCGCAUCCACGAGUAUGCGGCUAUCUGUCUUACCGCCUGCAUGGAGGCGCUGGUGGAGGAGGCAGGCGCCCGGGUAAUGAUGGCCGAGCGAGGGCACUCCAGGGUGGACACCGCGUCAGGCUGUGCCCCGGUGUCGGUCGAAGCUCUGGAGGGGGUGGUGAACAAUGAUGCGGAGCUGUGGGGGGUCCUGCAGCACUAUGAGCAUCUCAUCUGCGGCAAGAACGCCAAUGGGGUGCUGUCCCUCCCGGCCCACUUCAGUCCUUACACAGAGGGCCAGGUUCAGCAGGGACAGGGCCAGGCUGGGGUGGAGAGCAGAGAGGACGCCUACGCCCAACUGGAGCUCCGCACCCUGGAGCAGUCCCUCCUGGCCACCUGCGUUGGCAGCAUCUCCGAGCUCAGUGACCUGGUGUCCAGAGCCAUGCACCACAUGCAGCGUUUGAGCUCCGUACGCCCGGGGCUCAGCCCGGCCCGCCACACCCGGCCCCAACAGAUUGUCUCCUGGUUGCCCGACGCCCUGCACACCCUCUACUACUUCCUCCGCUGCCCACAGAUGGAGUCCAUGGAGAACCCCAACCUAGACCCACCCAGGAUGGCCCUCAGCAAGGAGAGGCCCUUCCUGCUGCUGCCGCCCCUGAUGGAGUGGAUGCGAGUGGCUAUUGUGCACGCUGAGCACCGCCGCAGCCUAUUGGUGGACAGCGAUGAUGUCAGACAGACCGCUAGACAGCUCCUCCCAGGCAUGGACUGUGAACCCAGACAGCUGAAGCCUGAGUGUUGUUUUAGUUCUUUCAGGCGUCUGGACUCCAAGGCGGCCACUGAUAAGUUUCACUUGGACCUGGGCUUCCGCAUGCUCAACUGUGGACGCACCGACCUGAUUGGCCAGGCCAUCGACCUGCUGGGGCCUGACGGGGUAAACAGCAUGGAUGACCAGGGUAUGACCCCUCUAAUGUAUGCGUGCUCAGCGGGAGAUGAAGCUCUGGUCCAGAUGUUGAUUGAUGCCGGGGCCAACCUAGAUGUGGCGGUUCCUGCCUGUUCUUCCAAACAACCCUCUGUCCACCCAGACAGUCGCCACUGGGCGGCUCUUACCUUCGCUGUGCUGCACGGUCACAUCUCUGUGGUGCAGCUGCUGUUGGAUGCAGGGGCUAACGUGGAAGGGGCAGCCGUCCGAAACGGGCAGGAGAGCACAGCAGACACCCCUCUUCAGCUGGCAUCUGCAGCAGGGAACUAUGAGAUGGUGAGCCUGCUCCUCACCAGGGGGGCAGACCCUCUGUCCAAGACCCAUGAUGGCAACGCUUUGACAUCAUCACUCUAUGAGGACAUGAACUGCUUCAGUCACGCCGCAGCGCACGGACACAGGAACGUGUUGCGCAAACUGCUCACCCAGCCCCAGCAGGUCAAAGAGGACGUCCUCUCCCUCGAAGAGAUCCUAGCUGAAGGGGUGGAAGGGGAGGAUGCCUACCCUCUCCCCAGCCUGCCUCCUCCAUCCCCUGGGUGCCCGUCUGAGGGGGGUAUCCCACGGCUGUGCAAGGCCAGGAUGAAGGCCCUUCAGGAGGCUAGCUACUACAGCGCCGAGCACGGCUACCUGGAUGUCACCAUGGAGCUACGGGCACUGGGUGUCCCAUGGAAGCUGCACGUGUGGCUGGAGUCUCUGCGAGUGGCCCAGCAGCAGUCUAGGGCUUCGGUCACUCUGUCCCUCCUUCGAGAGUUCACCUCCAUCAGGGAGGAAGACUACUGCCACGAGCUAGUCUCUCUGGGCCUACCCCUCAUGUUCACCAUCCUACGAACCACCAAGAACGAUGCCAUCACCCAGCAGCUUGCAGCCAUCUUUAGCCACUGCUUCGGCCCGGCUCCACUACCGGCCAUUCCGGAGAUGAAGGCCACCCUCUCAGCACAGCUGGACCCCCAUUUUCUGAAUAACAUGGAGAUGUCAGAUGUGACAUUUUUGGUGGAGGGGAAACCUUUCUACGCCCACAAAGUCCUGCUGAUCACUGCUUCAGACAGGUUCAAGUCUCUGCUGGCCUCAUCAGGACCAGACGGAACUAAAGAUAUUGAGAUCAGUGACGUCAAGUACAACGUCUUCCAGAUGAUGAUGUCAUACCUGUACUGCGGAGGGACAGAAUCACUGAAGACCAACGUGUCUGACUUGUUGGAGCUGCUUUCAGCAGCCAGCGUCUUUCAGCUGGGGGCCCUACAGAGACACUGUGAGAUCGUCUGCUCCCAGAGCAUCAAUCUUGAAAAUGCUGUCAGCAUCUACAGGACGGCCAAGGCCCACGCUGCUUCAGUGCUGAGUUCGUUCUGCGAGGGCUUCUUCCUGCAGCACAUGGCAGGGCUCCUGGAGAGAGAGGCCUUCCGGUCCCUGCUCCUGGGGCCUCUGGGGGCCCGCUGGGUGACGGAGAUGGGCUCUGGGCCUAAAAUGGUGCCUCCUAGGGGAGACUCGCCACUGGAGGAACUCGAGACAACCCUGGCUCGCCGGCUACGCUCUCUCUACAUCACCUCCCGUGUCUGACGGGGAAGGGAGAAGGAUGGAAUGCAGAGGAGGAGAGGAGAAGGAGGAAGAGAGUGUGCGAUCGGUGCACACUCUCUUCCUCCGGGGAGGAGGACGUCUCAAGUGUCCGAGGACAUCACGAGUGCCCUUAGAUACAGAUUUAGGAUCAGAUUGCCGUCCCGCGAUCCUAACCUGAACCAUUAGUGGAAAACCACAGAAACUGACCUUAGCUCAGCAUCUAAGGGCAUCGUCAUCCGUAAUCAUUAUUUCUCGAUGGAGGGUAAGACGAGGAUGAAAGAGAUAAGGCUGGAUAGAGAGUGGGUGUGAUGGGUACAGGAUGGGUACCGUGAUGGCCUGUUCCCAAAUUUGACUCCUGGACAAUUUAUUUUGCUACACGGACAAUUCAGUGUUUGACCUGAAGAACUCACAUCUAGCUGUCUAUCACAGUAGCUAUAUAUAUACGCAGUGGAAGAGUGGACAGAAUGGUCUAUCCAUCUGUCUUUCUGUUUGUCACAAAGGCUCUGGAAGCUUGUGUACAGAGACGGACAAGACAGCGGAAUGAGGCAGUUAGAACUUUAGCAUUUAGGAUUUCUAGAACACUGCUGCCGCCCAGUGGACAAAGCCCGUAAAGGCUUCAGAUUAUAGAAAUAGAGUGACUAGAUGAUGUUUCUAUGCCUCAAAUAAAGGUAAAAAGGAUCUGAUGGAAUAUAGAAAGUCUGGAACGUUAUUUUAACGGACCAUUGAUAUGAAGGGGCUGGACUUUUCUCUUUUCCUACAGCCCCCUUCAGAGUGGUAAAGACUGUGAGAGAAGAGGUGGAUUUGAAAGCCCCCACAGUGGAUUCAGUGGAUUCAAAGAAGUUGGUUUUACUAAGUGUAUUUUCUUUAUACAUAGUAGUUCUAUUUUUUAAUUUCUUUUUUUGCCAGAGUGAAGAGGAAAGAAAAACACUAAAUGGAAUGGACAUUUUCUAUUUAAAGAAAAAAGAUGUGAGAGUAUUUAACAGGGAGUUCCCUUUUUAUUGUGUUUUUAUAAUUUUUAGCAAAUUAUUAUUAUUAUUAUUAAUGUAAGAUAAAGCUUUGUGUAGCUGGACAAUUCCAGGCCUUUUACACAGUAACCAUUACAGUUGAAGUCGGAAGUUUACAUACACUUAGGUUGGAGUCAUUAAAACUCAUUUUUCAACCACUCCACAAAUAUCUUGUUAACAAGCUGUAGUUUUAGCAAGUCGGUUAGGACAUCUGCUUUGUGCAUGACAUAAGUAAUUUUUCCAACAAUUGUUUGCUGACAGAUUAUUUCACUUAUAAUUCACUGUAUCACAAUUCCAAUGGGUCAGAGGUUUACAUACACAUAGACUGUGCCUUUAAACAGCUUGGAAAAUUCCAGAAAAUUAUGUCAUGGCUUUAUAAGCUUUAGAUAGUCUAAUUGACAUCAUUUGAGUCAUUUAGAAGGUUCUAAUUGACAUAAUUUUAGUCAGUUGGAGGUGUACCUGUGGAUGUACAAACUCAUGAUUUCAAGCCUCUUUGCUUGACAUCAUGGGAAAAUCAAAAGAAAUCAGCCAAAACCUCAGAAAAAGAAUUGUACACCUCCACAAGUCUGGUUCAUCCUUGGGAGCAAUUUCCAAAUGCCUGAAGGUACCACGUUUAUCUGUACAAACAAUAGUUCGCAAGUAUAAACACCAUGGGACCACGCAGCUGUCAUAACGCUCAGGAAGGAGACGCGUUCUGUCUCCUAGAGAUGAACAUACUUUGGUGCGAAAAAUGUAAAUCAAUCCCAGAACAACAGCAAAGGACCUUGUGAAGAUGCUGGGGGAAAAGGUACAAAAGUAUCUAUAUCCACUGUAAAAAUGAGUCCUAUUUCGACAUAACCUGAAAGGCCGCUCAACAAGGAAGAAGCCACUGCUCCAAAACCGCCAUAAAAAAGACUGGCUACGGUUUGCAACAGCACAUGGAGACAAAGAUGGUACAUUUUGGAGAAAUGUCUUCUGGUCUGAUGAAACAAAAAUAGAACUGUUUUGCCAUAAUAACCAUUGAUUGUUAUUUUUGGAGGAAAAAGGGUUAAACUUGCAAGCCGAAGAACACCAUCCCAACCGUGAAGCACGGGGGUGGCAGCAUCAUGUUGUGGGGGUGCUUUGCUGCAGGAGGGACUGGUGCACUUCAUAAAAUAGAUGGCAUCACUAGGAAGGAAAAUUAUGUGGAUAUAUUGAAGCAACAAUUCAAGACAUCUGUCAGGAAGUUAAAGCUUAGUCGCAAAUGGGUCUUCCAAAUGGGCAAUGACCCCAAGAAUAUAUCCAAUGUUGUGGCAAAAUGGCUUAAGGACAACAAAGUCAAGGUAUUGGAGUGGCCAUCACAAGGCCCUGACCUCAAUCCUAUGGAAAAUGUGUGGGCAGAACUGAAAAGGCGUGUGCGAGCAAGGAAGCCUACAAACCUGACUCAGUUACACCAGCUCUGUCAGGAGGAAUGGGCAAAAAUUCACGCAACUUAUUGUGGGAAGCUUGUGGAAGGCUACCUGAAACUUUUGACCCAAGUUAAACAAUAUAAAGGCAAUGCUACCAAAUACUAAUUAAGUGUUUGAAACUUCUGACCCACUGGGAAUGUGAUGAAAGAAAUAAAAGCUGAAAUAAAUCAUUCUCGAUACUAUUAUUCUGGCUUUUCACAUUCUUAAAAUAAAGUGGUGAUCCUAACUGACCUAAAACAGGGAAUGUUUACUAGGAUUGAAUGGCAGGAAUUGUGAAAAACUGAGUUUAAAUGUAUUUGGCUGAGGUUUAUGUAAACUUCCGACUUCAACUGUAAGUAAACUGGGUCAUGUUCAAAUGGAAGAAACCAGACUGAAACAGGUACCUUCAAAUGUUUUGUUUUACAUUGCUAAAUGUUUUCCGUCACGUGCCCUAAUGAACAAAACCCUGGCAAGGUACAAUAAUAUCAUUUCACACUAUUGUGCUGACCUGAACCACACUGUGCUUGCCCAGGCUAUUUUAUUAUUCUCAUUUUCAGCACAGUUCCAGAAACUAUGGUGGAUGAGGAACCAGGCCAGUGCAGCUUGGUUGGUUAGGCACAAUAGUAUGAAUAGGAUAUAACAGUAGCCAACAUGGGAUUUGGAACUGCAACCUCCUACGUAAACUCUGCUUUACUGCUCAAUACUGUAAUAAAUACUGUAAUAAAGCAUCAAGCCUGGCAAGCAA